UGUUUUCAUCUCCCCGUCGCCGGAAAAGACUCAGCACCUUCUCCAGUCGUAACCUAUAAGCAAUCUUACAAUGGAAUUCUCAUUAUAGCUUCAAAAACCAGAGAUAAUCAAAACGAUCAAAUCGCCGGCGACCGGAAAAGCAAUGAAUUCUCCUCCGUUCAUCUCCAUUCUCAUCCUCGCCGUCGCUACAACCUUACUCCUAUCACAAUCCACAGCAGAAAUCCGUUUUUCAAAGAUACAUAACGACGAUAGAUCAAUAAUCCCCUUAGAUGACUUCGGUUUCACUCACACAGGUCAUCUAAACCUCAAUUUCUCCAUAAUCUCUCAUUCAAAUCCCACCGCCGAUCUAUCUCUCAUCGGAUUCUUCCUCUCAACUCGCGACGCCUGGUUUCACGUCAUGGAUCAGUUACAACAACACGAAAUCAAUUGCGCAAUCAAUUCACAAUUCAUCAAAAAAGUCAUCACGUUCAACGAACUCAACCAACUCAACGAAGAUCAACAACAACACUACACAAAUCUAUCAAUCUCAGAUUCAAAUCAGUACACUAUCGUAUUCUGUAACUGCAUCAAACUAAAGAUCUCGAUGAAUAUCCACACAUCUAUGUACAAUCUGGAUAGCAAAUCAAAUCGCGAUUACCUCUCCGCCGGCAGAACAAAUCUCCCUACAAUCUACUCAUUCUUCUUCAUAUUAUACGUAUUCGUUACCUGCAUCUGGAUUUACAUCAUCUAUUCAAAACUCCUAUCGGUUUACCGUAUCCAUUUCUUCAUGCUCGCCGUCGUCAUUCUCAAAACAUUAAACCUCCUCUGUGAAGCAGAGGACAAAUCAUACAUAAAGAAAACAGGUACAUCACAUGGCUGGGAUAUAAUCUUCUACAUCUUCAGUUUCCUAAAAGGAAUCAGUCUCUUUACAUUAAUCGUAUUAAUCGGAACUGGUUGGUCAUUUCUGAAACCCUACCUACAAGAUAAGGAAAAGAAAGUGUUAAUGAUUGUAAUACCAUUACAAGUGAUGGCGAAUGUAGCUCAAGUUGUGAUUAGUGAAAGCGGUCCGUAUGAUCAAGAAGCUUAUACAUGGAAACAAGUGUUCUUGUUAGUGGAUAUAAUCUGUUGUUGUGCAGUUCUGUUUCCGAUUGUUUGGUCGAUUAAGAAAUUGAGAGAAGCGGCUAGGGUUGAUGGGAAAGCGGCGGUGAAUUUGAUGAAGUUGAUGUUGUUUAGACAGUAUUAUAUAAUUGUGAUUUGUUAUAUAUACUUUACUAGGGUUGUGAUUUAUGGAUUGGAGACGAUUACUUCGUAUAGGUAUCAAUGGACGAGUGUUGUGGCGGCGGAAAUGGCGACUUUGAUGUUUUAUGGGUUUACUGGGUUUAAUUUUAGACCUAAAUCGCAUAAUCCUUAUUUUGCUAUUGAUGAUGAUGAAGAGGAUGAAGCUGCUAAUGAAAUUUUGAAGCUUGAAGAUGAAUUUGAACUGUGAAUUUGAUAAAGAUGGAUCUUUGUAGUUCGAUUAGCCAGGUUUGUUUUCUUCUUCUUCUUCUUAUAUUUCAAUCGAUUGGUAGAAAUAAGAAAGGAAUUAUUCAUUCUUCUUCAUCUUCAUCUUCUUCGUUGGUUCAAAAAUUGACUGUGUAAAGAAGUAUAAGUGAUUUGAAAAUGG